UUCCUCUCACCCGGACGAGUUCCGACCGGCUACAACCACAACCCACACCCCACCACCGAGUGCCUCUCUUAUACCGGGCAUCAACUCCACAUUCUACUGACCCUCUCCCCCACCACCCCUCCCAAAAGGCAAUGUCCCGACUCCUCGCCCGCAUGGCACCCCGCCUCUCCGCCCAGUCCGCCGCCAGCGCCCGCCUCUCGGCAGUCAAGCGUCACAUGUCGUCGUCGCCCGUCGUGCGCGACGACUCGGUGCUCUACGAGAACCAGGGCACGACGCGCACCUACAAGCUCAACAGGCCCAAGGCGCUCAAUGCCCUCGACCAGCCCAUGAUCGACUCGCUGGUCGCCGAGUCCGAGUCGUGGCGCACGUCCGACCUCGUCAAGCUCGUCGUCGGCAAGGGUGACGAGCGCGCCUUCUGCGCCGGCGGAGACGUCAAGACGCUCGUCAUCGCCCGUGCCAGGGGCGACGCCGCCUCGGGCCUCAAGUUCUUCCAGGACGAGUUCGGCCUCAACUGGCACCUCGGCCGCCUCGGCAAGCCCUACGUCGCCGUCAUUGACGGCUUCACGAUGGGCGGCGGCGCCGGCAUCUCGCUCCCCGCGCCUAUCCGUAUCGCGACCAAGAAGACCGUCUUCGCCAUGCCCGAGACCAAAAUCGGCUACGCUCCUGACGUCGGCGGCAACUACUACAUUGCGCAGCUCGACGGUGAGAUUGGUGCCUGGCUCGCCAUCACUGGUAACGAGGUCUGGGGCCGUGCGGUGUACGAGCUCGGCCUCGCGACCCACUACGUCGACCCCGAGUCGAUCCCCUCGCUCCUCUCGGCGCUCAACGAGAUCGAGGACCCUUCGUUCCAGACCAUCUCGGACAUUGUCUCGUCGUACCACGUCGGCCCUGCGCCCGAGGGAACUGCUCCCUCGUCCAAGGGCUCCCGUGAGGGCCCUUCGCCCAUCACUGGCGAGAUCCGCGCGUUCCUCGACAAGACGUUCGGCCUCCCGUCCCUCCGGGACAUCUACACCGCGCUCAAGGCCGCCGAGGCCGACAGCAGCCUCGCGCCCGAGGUCCGCGAGUGGGCCACCGCGCAGCGCGGUAUCCUCGACGAGCGCUCGCCGACCGGCAUGGCUGUCGCGCUUGAGAACUUCCGCCUCGCGCGCAAGGCCAAGCGCCUGAAUGAGGUCCUCGACAACGACAUCACCAUGGCGACCGGCUUCCUCGGCCUCAAGCGCACCACUGACGACUUCUCGACCGGCGUCACCCACCUGCUGAUCGACAAGGCCAAGGGACGUGCCAACUGGGCCCCUUCGUCGAUUGACGACAAGAGCCUGACCCCCGCCGCGAUCCGCGCCAACUUCCUCGAUGCCAAGGCCGAGCACAUUGCCGGUGAGCGCCCCGUCAUCGACUUCACCCCCACGCCUACGACCAAGGAGGGCCCCGACUCCACCUGGGGCCAGUUCCGCCGCUACGGCCUGCCUGCCGAGGCCCGCGUCCGCGCCUGGGUCAAGGGCGAGGCGCCCGGCUCGGGCGCCUUCAAGCUGAACGAGGACGAGCUCGUCAGCCGCAUUGUCGAUGUGUCGGGCGAGGCUGGCUCCCCGCGCCAGAAGGAGAUUGAGCAGGCUAUCCGCAAGAUUGUCGCCCAGCACACCACCAAGGACAAGGACGGCUACCUCAACUGGCAGGACUAGGCGGCGGGUGUUGGUACAUGUACAGUGUAGAAUGCAUCAGCAGAUAUGGCGGCCGUGGCGUGUGGACCUAUGCCAUCGCCUCGUACAGGUACUCGUCGAGUGUGAUUUUGAGCCCCUUUGCGAGUGUUUUUGUCCCCUCGUAGUCGAUCUCGCAGCGGAGCAUGAUGUUGUCGAGGCGGUCGACGGGGGAAGUGCGCUUAAGCAGGCUCUGUGCCUCGAGCUCUGGAAUGAGGGACCACAGGCCGACGCUCA